AAAACCCUGUCGCUAUAGUAAUCGGAGACCAUUGUCUAACAUUGCCGCUUCAGCCAAUAGUUAUGCUUAAGAAAUAUUUGGCCGAUCUCACUAUUCUUGAAAACCUUUAAGGUAACAUGGGGAAGUUUUACGUUUCCAGACAAAUGUGAACGCCUGACAUCCUCUCAGCUCGUCGUUUGUGUUGUAAAACGUGUAGACAAAAAUGGAGAGACACGAGAGACAGCAAGUUACACUUUCAUCCGACAUUUGCUCAAGUUACGAAGAAAGAUCCAGAUGUAUGAACACAUUAUAUAAUCUCAUUUUCCCACAUCAAAUCUACGAAAACAUAUCCAUGUGGGAUGCCGCGACAUACAGAAAAUAUCUGGUGAAUCAAUCAAUCGAAUGUAUGCAGUUAAUGCAAAGUACGAACAUACACGUCCAACACCACGAUCAGAACAAAACACAUCCUUUUUGGCCGCAUAUCAAUACGACUGGGCAAUACCCGCCGGGUGAUGACCAUCAAAACGUCCCUAAGAAGAUUGAUGUUACGUCAGAGGAACAUUGGGAACUAAAUCGACGUCGUCCAAGUGUGAUACGACGAAGUAUGAAAGGAGGAAACAAUUGCCUAACAACGAGAGAGGCCAUUUUGCAACCACAACUUCAGUAUAGUACACAGAAGAAUUCUAAUAUUUCACCUUCGAUGUUACCUAGUAAAUACGACUCAGAAUCCUCAAUAAUCCCACCAAUUAUUACCAUUCAACUUUAUCCCCAGUUCUAAAUCAGAAACCCAAGAAUACCUAACAAUCAUCUUCAACAUUCAACUUUACCUCUAAGCGCAGAACCUGAUAUCACAAUUAAACCUGAAGCUAACGCUGUAAAAUUGAGUGAUUCAAUGCAUGAAAACUUGUAUAUUCGACAAUCUAAACAUCGCUUUGAAGCAAGGGGAAAUUCAGAAAUCAUUUUAUGCCAAAAAGAUAAUCUCCUCAACAAAAAAUUUGAAAAUUCUAACACGACAAAAGGAAUGAAGCCAAAGAAAGUAAAUCAAACAAAAGACAACAGCAAAUACAAAUUUCGUUGUUCCUUUUGUAAGAAACGGUUUCAGUGGUUUUCGCAUUGGCAGGCUCAUGAAAGAAUCCACACUGGUCAGCGGCCAUACAAGUGCACACAAUGCGAGCGCAGUUUUACACGCAACGACGGUCUGCAGGCACACAUGGUCAUUCACAACACCAAAAAAGAACACAAAUGUCCAAUGUGUACUAAGGUUUUUGCACGAACAUCCAUGUUGGACAGACACAUUGUGGAACAUACAGGAAUCAUACCAUAUCAAUGUGAUGUAUGUUCAACUCAAUGUUGUGAUGCUCAGUCAAUUAUAGAUCAUACGUCUAUGCAUAAGCAACAAGACAGAUUCACCUGUCAGUAUUGCAAAAGAUCAUUCUUGAAUGUGAGACGUCUAGUUCGCCACAUUAGAGGUCAUACUGGUGAGAAACCUUUCUCAUGUUCUCAAUGUGGAAUGAAAUUCAGCAAGAAAAGUGCUCUACAAAUCCACAGCCGAGUUCACACAGGUAGCAAGCCUUUUCCUUGCCCAGAAUGUGGAAGAUGUUUUUCUAUUGCAGGCAAUUUACGUAGACAUCUUCUAGUACAUACUGGUGAAAGACCCUUCUCAUGCAUGAAAUGCCACAAAACAUUCAACAGCAAGAGUCACCUGAGUCGACAUAUGACAACACAACAUUAAGAAUUUUGUAAUUCUGAAUUGUAAUGAAUUUUUUGUACCAUUUAAACUAGUCACAUUCAAACUAUUGUUGGAUCUUGAAUUAAAAUUUAAAAAUUCAUAUAAAUUGCCUGAUUUAUGAACAAGGAAUUUUUAAUCUCCCAUUUAAUAUUGACUGAAUUAUUUUCAAACAACCAAGCAAUAGAAGACUUGCUUCAAAACAUUAAGUAAAAUAAUAGAUGCUAUUUCUUUCAACGUACUAAACAGUGUUGACAGAUAAUACGAUAGUACUUGUACAACAUAUAUAAUAUACGUAUUUCUAGAAUUCAUAGGACACUUGACUUGAACAAGAUAUUAGCUAGCCUGUAACUAAUUUUCAUAAUAAAUCUACACAAUUCGUCAAAAAA